GCGGGCAUCGGGUCACCAGGCAUGACAGUGGGCACUGGGUCAUCAGGCAUGGGAUUGUCUGGCUCGACAGCGGGCAUCGGGUCACCAGGUAUGACAGCGGGCACUGGGUCACCAGGCAUCAGGUCAUUUGGCUUGCCAGCGGGCACCGCGUCAUCUGGCAAGGCAGUGGGCACCGAGUCACCAGGCACGACAUUGGGCUCCGAGUCAACUGGCAUGACCGCGGGCACUGGGUCAGACAUUGGAUCGUCUGGCCCAACAGCGGGCAUCGGGUCACCAGGCAUGACAGCGGGCACUGGGUCAUCAGGCAUUGGAUCGUCUGGCUCGACAGCGGGCAACGGGUCACCAGGCAUGACAGCGGGCACUGGGUCAUCAGGUACCGGAUCGUCUGGAUCGACAGCGGGCAUCGAGUCAACUGGCCUAAUGGAAUCAUCAGGCUGGAUCAGCUGGGUAGAGGCAUCAGGCUGAAUUGUGGGCGCCGAGGCACC